CCCUAGAAAAUUUCCAAGCCGAAGGAUCAGUUCUCUGUCGCCAUUAAUCCAUUGUCGUCUUCACAUCACUAAUUCCAUAGCAGAACACAAUGGCUGUUCCUAAGCUGGAUAAGAAGAUUGUCAAGAAGAGAGUCAAGAAAUUCAAAAGGCCCCAUAGUGACUGGAAAAUCUGCGUUAAGGAAAACUAGCGUAGACCCAAGGGUAUUGAUUCAAGGGUUAGGAGGAAGUUUAAAGGAGUAACUCUUAUGCCCAACAUUGGUUAUGGAUCCGAUAAAAAAACCCGCCGUUAUCUUCCAAAUGGUUUCAAAAAGUUUGUUGUUCACAAUGCAAAAGAAUUGGAAGUCCUCAUGAUGCACAAUAGGACAUAUUGUGUUGAAAUUGCACACAAUGUAUCUACAAGAAAAAGGAAGGAUAUAGGUGGAAAAAGCAGCACAGUUGGAUAUUGUGGUUACUAACAAAUUAGCAAGGUUGAGGAGCCAAGAAGACCAGUAAAAUUAUUUGCUUAUAUUUGUUCUUAUAAGUUGUGUUGGGUUGGAUGCUUUGUGGGAUUUUGAAAAAUGUAACUAUGAACAUGUUUAAAUUUGGUUUAAAUCUAUUGAAU